UUUGACAGUACUAAUUUUAAUUGUCAUAUCGAAUAUCCAGAUAAAUGUGAAAUUAAUGAUGUGAAUUCAACUCUCUUUCGAUUUGUUUCUAAAUUAUCGUAAUGGCUCACAGGUUGAACAAUACUCACGUGUGCUCUAUUGCCAGGGCUGCAAUUCAACAAACUAAAGGAUCAAUCAGAUCAAGUACAAACCUUUUUGGACUUCAUACAGUAGAUAAUCAUAAUUCAGAAAAACUUUACAAAAUAGCAAAAGUGAAGAGUGAAAAUAGAAGAGCAUUAUUUGAAAAUAAAGAUUCGAAUUCAAAGCUGUAUAAUGAUUAUUCCAUCACCAAAUUGAAACAGAGGAAAAUUGAUCAUCAUGGAAAAAAUUAUACAAACCGGUGUUUCCAACGAUGCCCCAGUAGCUUUAAUGUCGGCAGCACUAUAAACAGGGAAGUUUCACAUCAACGAAGCAUAUCUAAUGAAUGCCGAAAAACCGUUUCACCCAAUGCAGGGACUAUGAAAUUUCCGAUCAGGAAAUGUUCCAGUCAAGAAAACAUCAAUUUAGACGAAGUUUAUAACUCAUUUUCGAAGCCAAAAUUAAACACAGCGUUGGAGAUGAAGGGUAUUAGUGUGGCUCCAUCUGAAAAUAAAAUUAUGAAUUGUUGUUUGAGUUAUUCAGAGUUUCUGAAAGAAAAAAGGAAGAGAACAGGUCCGCCAUUGCCUACUGAAUGCAUUAACUAUUAUACCGAUAAAAACGAGGACGAAUUAAAAGUGUUAUCAAGCAUAACGUUCGACUCGAAACUUUUCGGAUCAAAGUUCAACAUCUCACCCCUGGUAGGUCCGCAGUAUUUACGAGGACAUUUCGUUAAUCUGAGGUCUAUCUCGGGCGUAAUGCGAUCGAAUGGAAUGCCCUCAAGAAUAUCGAUAAGGAAGAACGCGAAGAAGAAGAAGCGUCUACCGAAAUUGUUCGUGGAUAGAUGCUCCAACAUUAGUUUCCAGAUGCCCCCUCUGAAGUACGUGCCCCUACGUCCGAUUAAGAAGAGGUGUCAUCCUCCAGAACCCGCAAGAUGUAACGAGCCGUCAAAAACAGAAUGUUGCGAAAGGGCUGACGACGGCUGGAAACUAGAAGCUAAACCGUUCAGUGUCAUUUCCUACUUUUCCAAGACAUCGAAAGAUAUCGAAAUGAAACCGAGUACGCCACUGAAAAGACUGGCAAAAAUCGACAUAUCGGAACCGACCAAGUUAUGCAAAGUAUCGAUGUCAUAUUGCCCCAUAAGGUCAGAUGCUAAUUAUGAAACGACAGCAAGAAAACUACCGACCAUUAGAUUUGGCAAAUUUGAAAACACAAUGAAGCAAAAAUCAACUUCACCUCCACUAAAACGUUUGAAGAAAAAAGUAAUUCCAGAGCCGCCAAAAAUUUGUCCAGAACCUGUUUGUGAGCGAACAGAAUGUGCAACUGUUAUUGCUCGCAAGAAAAAAUUGCCAAUUCUUUUGGACUCAUCUGUACCUCCAGCAGUACCAGAAUACAUGAAAACCGGCCCAGAUCUCAGAAGACUUCCCAAACCCGAUACAAAAGAUCCUCCUAGAAUUUGCUAUGUCCCAAAAUGCGAGGGAUAUACAAGAGCCGACGAAGAAAGGUGCAUAUUGAUGAAGGAGGAGUAUGCGAAGAAGAAAAGACUACCUAAACUCACUGGAGGCGAACAAAAAAUCAAAAUUUUCAUUACUGAACAUAAGCCCACAAGUUCAGUGAAGCCCCCGAAAAAAUUAUACAAUCCUCCUGAGCCACCGAAGAUAUGCCCAGUACCGGAAUGUAAACCAGAAUGUAGAUCUGAUAGUCAGAAUGUAUUCCACAAAAAGCCCCUACCCAAAAUGCCAGCUAUGAAAACAAUGCCAUCGACAUCCUAUAUGAAAGAAGGUAGUGGGUUGAAGCGUUUGAAGAAAGUCGUGAUGACAGAGCCUCCCAAAAUAUGUCCGGUCAAAUGCUGUGAUGACGUUGAAAGGGCUGACAAAAAUAUGGCGUAUAAAGUGCGUAACUUGCCAAAACUGGAAGUCUGUUCCAAAAUACCAGCUAAGACUUCUCCGACUACAAGUUAUACGCCAAUUCGUAGGAUGUCCAAAUUACCGUUUGAGGAACCGAUGAAAAUAAAAGACGGCACAACUAUCAAAAACUGCAUUUCCAAACACGUUCCUUCUCUAGGAGAAAAAACAUUACCCAAACCCAAAUCGUUAGCAGGAAUCAACAUUAAAAGCAAUUCUGUGGAAGAUUCUCCUUAUUUGAAACCAUUGAGAACCAAACAAACACAGCUCAGAACUUCAGUUAGUUCAGAUCCCAAGGACUGGAGAUCUUCUGUAGAGACAAAGGAAAGUACCAAAGCCCAUCUGAGGAAGUCGAGGAGUCUCAGUUGCAAUCGCUCAAUGAGUACCAAUUUAACAGAUCACUACACAAGAGGUCUUUUGAAGAGAAAAUUACAAUUGUUGCAUAUAGAUGUUAGGAAACGGUUGACUUUAUCAGCUAUAGAUAAUACAGCCGAUGAUACAUCUAUCAAAAAUUUACAACCUAACAUCCCCUUCUACAGUAAGUUCAAAGGUGUCGCCCCUAUGAAACCUGAUGCUCCGCCAGUGGACCCAGAAAAAGAAGAUGCUUGUAUCCGAGAACAGUGCAAUAUACCCAAGCAAACUAUAACGGCCAGUUGUGAUAAUCCAAAUCCAAAACUCGUGUUACUCAGAGUGAAAAAGGGAGAAAAUGAACCUUGUCCUAUCCGAAACCCUGCCAAUAGGGAUUCUGUAGUCGCUUGUGGUUCAUCUAAAGAGCCUCAAUGCCCCUCGCCAUGCCCAGAAUCCUUCGCCCCUAGGUGUCCUUGUCCACCACCAUGUCCACCUCCAUGUCCACCUCCAUGUCCACCUCCAUGCCCACCUCCAUGCUGCGGUCCAUGCCCUCGCGCAUGUCCUCCUCCUUGUCCUCCUCCUUGUCCUCCUCCAUGUCCUCCUCCUUGUCCUCCACCAUGUCCACCUCCAUGUCCAUGUGCUUGUCCAACACCGUUUCCAAAGCCUUGCAAACCUUGCCCGAAAUUGAAGAAUCCCUGCAGGAAGAAAAUGUCGCUCUGGCAGAGGUUCAAGAACUUUUUCAAGGCGAAACCAAACUGUCCUUCGCCCCAUGAAUAUAAGAAAAAGAAGAUGAUGAAGAAGGUCGUGAAGAUGGCCGAUAAGGCUGGCCUCGGUGUUUACGAUCCUUGCGAAGAUCCAACUAGAAUAUGCAGGGAGGUAGAAAGACGCUGCUGCAAGGCCAGGAAGAGAGCCUGUUCGAAUAAAAGGUGCUUUAAUUCUUACGCCCCCCUGGGAAGCAUCCAUACAGUAGUUCCACCCAUGUCGCUGCGUCAGUUCAGUUCAACAGGAUUGCUCUCCAUUUUAUGCAGCAAAUCAGUAUGGAAAAGUUACAAUGCAUCGUUUUUCCAAAUACCUUGGUUUCGAACGAUGAAGACUUGGAGGGAUCCGUUCGAAUUCUAUAACAUCGGUGAAGAUGAUGAUAUAAACAAUGAGCACAACAAAUCAAUAGAGGCGGAGAAAACCAAAAGAUGUCUCUCAUAUGCUCCGAUAGACGUACUUAACUUUAUGUGUAAACUUCAGUCAAUUGACGUUGAUGUAUUGAAGGAAAUUAUGUUCAGGAGUUUGAAACUAGGCUCAAGCUCCUAUGAUGACGACUUCAGAGAACACGUAAAUUAUUUGCUAGAGUAUAGUCCCGAAUGUCUGGAGAAGAAGAGGGAUAUACUCGUAGAAAUACUGGGUGUGAUAUCAAGAAAGUUACCUUCGAAGAAAGUGGAUGAAAUCGAUUCAGAUCUUCUGGGUAAAGUCUCCUACAUCAAGAAAAAGAGAUAAUUACAAAUCUAUUUUGGAAUCAAUGAAAAUUGAUGUAAUCUGUAUAAUAAAUUUCAUAUCAUAUAA